GAUCAUAUCAUAGAUCCGAGUUACUAUUUAGCUGUUAUCCCCCCUGGUCCCCACGGCCAUCCGAGGCCACCGAACCCCAGACGAUCGAGACCGAGCUACUCAUCGGACGGUCACUCCGCUCUCUCGCCACUGCAACGCCACGCAAUCCCCGACCAUUACGUGCACCCUUCAAUACCGUGAUUGAAUUGAACUGAUCGAAGAGGAAACGGGAAAAACAAUCUUUCGGAAGAGGAGUUCGGAGACUCCUCUCUGCGAUUCGCCAUGUUCGCCAAACGGCUCCUUCAGAAGGUCGCACAAGCACCACCUUUUCAGCAUUAUGUGCCACAGGGAAUUCUGACAUCAACAGACUUGGAUCCUUGUCUUGUUCUUCACUAUGGAAUCCCGCCUACUGCAUCAAUACUCGCUUUUGACCCCAUUCAGCAUCUCUUGGCAGUUGGAACACUGGAUGGUAGGAUAAAAGUGAUUGGCGGUGAUAAUAUUGAAGGCCUUCUAAUAUCUCCUAAUCGGUCACCUUUCAAAAACUUAGAGUUCCUUCAUAACCAAGGUCUUCUGGUCAGUGUCUCAAAUGAAAAUGAUGUUCAGGUUUGGGAUUUGGAACACAGGUGUCUAGCUUCUUCUGUGCUGUGGGAGUCCAACAUAACAGCAUUUUCUGUUAUUUAUGGCACUAAUUACAUGUAUAUUGGAGAUGAGCAUGGAUUAUUGUCUGUGUUGAAGUAUGACACUGAAGAACAUAAACUUUUACAUUUGCCGUAUCAUGUUCGUGCAGAUUCUAUAGCUGAAGCAGCUGGAAUUUCAUUGCCUGAUCAUCUUUCUGUUGUUGGAACUCUCCCUCAACCUCAUUCCCAAGGGAAUAGAGUGCUGAUUGCAUAUGAAAAUGGGUUGAUUAUUCUCUGGGACAUUUCAAAAGAUCAGGUUGUUCUCGUAAGAGGCUAUAAUGAUCUUCAAUUGAAGGAUGAAGCAAUCCUAGAUUCUGCUGAUGAUGUAAGAAUUGAGCUUUCCGAUCAUACAGCAGACUAUGAGCAUGCGGUGAAAGAGAUAAGCUCUUUGUGUUGGGUGAGUCAGGAUGGGUCACUUCUUGCUGUGGGUUAUGUGGAUGGAGAUAUUAUUUUAUGGCAAUUACCAACUGCAGUAUCUACCAGAGAUCAGCCAGCUGAGAAAGCAGCUCAUGAUGUUGUUAAACUACAAUUGUCAUCAGCCACUAAAAGACUCCCAGUCAUUGUUUUACAUUGGUCUGCAAAUAUGUCUCACAAUGAUCACAAGGGCCAACUCUUUGUCUAUGGUGGAGAUGAUAUUGGAUCUGAAGAAGUUAUAACGAUUUUGAGUCUUCAUUGGGGUUCUGAUAUGGAAGCUUUAAAAUGCAUUGGUCGAGUAGACCUUAGGCUUAAUGGAUCUUUUGCCGAUAUAAUCUUAUUGCCAAAUGCCGGAGCUACGGAAAGCAGUGAAGCCACUUCAUUCUUGGUAUUGACAAAUCCAGGGCAACUGCAUUUUUAUGAUGAUGCUUAUUUGUCUGCGUCAAUUUCUCAGCAAGAGAAGAGCCCCUCAGUUCCUGCAAUGCAAUUUCCUAUGGUUAUACCUGUUGUUGAACCACUCAUGACUGUUGGAAAGCUCAGUUUGGUAAAUAGAGACAGGAAGCUUUCAAGGGCUCUUUUGGAGGCAGUCUCAGCUGCAAAACUUCAGGGGGCACGUAAUAACAGUCAAAUGGGUAUGAAGUGGCCUUUCACAGGUGGAGUUCCCUGUCAGAUUUCGUCUGCUGAAGAUGAUGGGAUUAAGAGAGUAUAUAUAGCAGGUUAUCAAGAUGGAUCUGUUCGAAUGUGGGAUGCCACAUAUCCUACCCUAUCACUUAUUUUUAUUUUAGGUUCCGAGGUGAAAGGUAUCAAAAUUGCUGGUGCAAGUGAAUCAAUAUCUGCCUUGGAGUUUUGCUCCUUUACUCUCAAUUUAGCCAUUGGAAAUGAAUCUGGUCAGGUUCGCCUAUGUAAGCUAAUUGGGAAUUCUGGCGAAAUGAGUUUGCACCAUGUGACAGAAACUGGACAUGAAGUCUGCAAGUUGGAUCAAGGGAUUGGAUCCCACUGGACAGCUGUAUAUUCUCUCCUUGAGUCUCCUGUAUGCACCUUACAAUUUGCUGAUUUUGGAAACAAACUUGCUGUGGGGUUUGAAUGUGGUCGGGUUGCAAUGCUUGAUAUUUGUUCGCUAUCAGUCAUGUUUGUUACUGACUGUGUAUCCAGCUCAAUUUCCCCCAUCAUCUCUAUGGCUGUGCAUAUAUUGGAAGAUACUCAUAGCCAAACAAACAGCCCAAACAGCCCUGAAUCCAUAAGUUUGAACAAUCCUGGAAAGUGGGCAAUAUUCAUUUUGACCAAUGAUGCACACUUUAGUUUAAUGGAUGCUAGCACUGGGAACAUGAUCAGCUCUUCAAUGCACCUAAAAAAUGACUCGGUGGCAAUUUCCAUGCAUAUUCUAGAGGGUGUCAGCUCUGAAGUAAUUGGUGAAAAGCAUUCACUGAACUCCUCUCAUAAAAGUGAACUGAUAAUUGAACCAGUGCAGACCAAUUCAGUCCCUGAAAGUAAUUUAGUUGGAAUUGAACGUGACACCUCCACCUCCAUCGAAACCAUAAGUGGACAGAGAUUAAUGGACUUAACUGUUUUACUUUGUUGUGAGGAUGCACUAUGUUUAUACUCUUUGAAGUCUUUGAUUCAGGGGAAAUGCGAUUCCACUCAGAAAGUGAAUCUUGUAAAACCAUGUUCUUGGACUGCAACCUUCCAAAAAGAUCAGAGGGAUUGUGGACUUGUUGUGCUUUAUCAGACUGGAGUCAUUGAAAUAAGGUCUGUACCAGAUCUUGAAGUGGUAGUUGAAUGCUCUUUGAUGUCAAUUCUAAGGUGGAACUUCAAGAAUAACAUGGACAAGAUGAUGAGUUCUUCCUACAACGGGCAAAUUGCAUUGGUAAAUGGGUUUGAAUAUGCCAUCAUUUCCCUUUUGGCGCAUGAGAACGAUUUCAGGAUUCCGGAAUCUUUACCUUGUCUACAUGAUAAAGUCCUUGCUGCUGUUGUUUUCUCUGCAGAUCAGAACAAAAAACAGGGUACCAACCCUGGGUUUUUAGGUGGUAUAAUUAAGGGCUUUAAAGGGGGUAAAAUGGAGCACAAUGAGGAUCUUACAGAAGCUCAUAAAACUUAUUUUGCACAUUUGGAGAGCAUAUUUUCAAGGUCCCCAGGCACUACAAAAAAUGUCGCUGAUGGCCCUGAAGUUGUGGAGCUUAACAUAGAUGACAUUGACAUUGAUGAACCUGUAUCUACUACGUCUUCAUCUCAUAAGAGCAAAAGUGAUGGGAGAGAUAAGGAAAUGGAGAGGAAAAAAUUAUUGGAAGGUGCAACUGCUGAAACAAAACCAAGACUUAGAUCACCUGCAGAAAUCAUUGCGAAAUACCGAAAGGCUGGGGAUGCUUCUGAAGUGGCUGCACAUGCAAGAGAGAAGCUUGUACAACGCCAGGAAAAACUUGAGAGGAUCAGCAGGCGUACUGAAGAGCUGCAAAGUGGGGCUGAGAACUUCGCAUCAAUGGCAAGUGAGCUUGCCAAGAGAAUGGAAAAUCGAAAAUGGUGGCAAAUUUGACGAGUUGGCAUGGAUUGCAAAGUGUUCGAUUCUGUUGAUCUGGGUUGAUAGGCCCUCUGGAUGCAGAAGAUGUCCACAUGAAGCCUCUCCCUAAGGUAGCCAUAAUUAUUUCUUCCCCACUGGAUGGAGUGAUGGAAGCAUACGGUGAUUCCACCAAAUAUCCCUAGAAUUAGUGAAUGUAAAUGUGUAUUUAUUGCACCGCUGCAAUCCAUUCAAAUUUUAAGUAGUUAAACCACUGAAAGAAAUAUUGGAGAAAGGAGAGUUUUACUAACAUAUUCAUUGCUUGAACACAUUUGCAUCAGUCCAUCAAUUUCUGUACACAAAUGUAUCCCACUUUAUUUUUGUUCUUCAGUUCUAUUUAGUACCGACAUUCUUAACACUCA